AUGUCCGGCUUAGUACAGCAGAAUCGACUAUCGAAGGAAGAAUAUCGCAAGCAAAAGGAUCUUGAUGCAGCUCGUAAAGCGGGUACAGCACCUGCUGAAGUCGACGAUGAAGGAAACGAGAUCAAUCCUCAUACCCCACAAUUCAUGUUGAAGGCGCCUUGGUAUGUCGACACUGGCAAAGUCUCAUUGAAGCAUCAACGUGCACCGCAAAAGCGAAAGCAUACUCGAUUUGGAUUGGAAGAGGACAACUGGUAUGCCCGUGGUCAACGAGCGGGACCUGCUGCUACCAAGUAUCGUAAAGGAGCUUGCGAGAAUUGCGGUGCAAUGACACAUAAGACGAGGGAUUGUGUUGAGCGACCACGAAAGAAAGGUGCAAAGUGGACGGGGCGCAAUAUUCAGGCUGAUGAGAUUAUCCAAAACGUCGAUAUGGAUUGGGAUGAGAAACGAGAUCGAUGGAACGGUUACGACCCUCGUGAUCACGACAAGGUCAUUGAAGAAUAUGAAAAGGUGGAAGAAGCACGUCGAGCUCAAAAAGCAACUGAAUUGGAUAUGCAAGGUCCUACCACCACUUCAGAAGCCAAGAAGAUUGCACGACUUUCAGAUGAUGAAGAGGAUGAUGAAGACAAGUAUGCCGAUCAAGCUGAUAUGCCCGGUCAACAUGUCAAUACCAAGACUCGUACUACCAUUCGUAACCUAAGAAUUCGUGAAGAUACUGCCAAAUACUUGUACAACCUUGAUACUGAGUCCGCAUACUAUGAUCCCAAGUCUCGAUCCAUGCGUGAAAACCCACUCAAAGAAAAGUCAACGGACGAUGUUGAGUUUGCUGGUGACAACUUUGUGCGAUACACAGGCGAGACAUCAUCGAUGGCCAAGACACAGCUCUUUGCAUGGCAAGCUGCUGAUCGUGGUAGUGAAGUCCAUCUACAAGCCAAUCCCACUCAAGUGGCCAUUUUGCACAAAGAAUACGAGUCAAAGAAGGACAAGGUUCGAGAUUCGACACAAAAGAGUAUCUUGGCAAGAUACGGUGGCGAGGAGCAUUUGGCAGCACCCCCCAAGGAAUUACUCAUGGCACAAAAUGAAAACUAUGUCGAAUACUCACGUACCGGUCGUAUCAUCAAAGGCCAAGAACGUGCCAAGGCAAGGUCAAAAUACGAGGAAGAUGUGUUUAUCCAAAAUCAUACUUCUGUAUGGGGUUCAUACUGGGCGGAUGGUAAAUGGGGCUACAAGUGCUGUCGAUCUUUUGUCUACAACUCUUACUGUACCGGUGUUGCUGGUGUCGAAGCUCAAAAAGCAGCCGAACAAUUUGCUCGUGGCAAGGCAGCAGCCUAA